AUGAAUGGGACCCUGUAUGUUUGCCUGGCUUGCGUAGGCUGCAACUGGUUGUAUUCUUGUACCAAACGCUCGGCGAUGCGGUCGCAAUACAACUUGACAGCAUCGCCCUGCAUGGACUGCUGUGUCCACUUCUUCUGUGAGAGUUGCGCGCUAUGCCAAGAGUACAAGGAGCUGGAAAACCGUGGCUUCAACAUGGCCAAAGGUCGCUGCGUCUUACUGAAAGAAUGCAUAGUCAAGAAAAUUCAUGUGUUUCACAAAGGCAAAGUAAUGAUGACUAAAUCAUUAAAUUUGCAGGAUGGGAAGGUCAAGAUGGUGGGAUGUGUGCAAGGCAUGAAAGCACCUGGGAAGCAAGGGAUGUGUUUCUAG